GCCUCAUCUUCCUCGAAAAUUUUUCGGAAGUUGAGCAGCGAGAACUGAUGAGGGAUAUGACUGGGCGAUACGACUGGCCAAAGAUAACGGAAAAUCUGUUGGCCGGAAGUUUCGACCAAAUGCUUUACCGUCUCCUGAAGCAGCAAAAGGAGGACCGUGAGAAGGAAGGGGUAAGCGCGGACAAGGAUCAAGUCGUUUACAAGACCCUGACUGACAUGCGGAACAUGAUGGCAGACAUGAAGGAGGAAAGGUUAAAGCUACAAGUGAUGAUGGUCCAGACGGAAGGGGGGAAAAGGAAGGGGAAAACUCUCGUAGUGGAGGAGGUGAGCAGUAGCAGCAGUGAAGAGGAAGAUAAGGAGGAAGUGAAGCCCCCUCGAAAAUUGACUAAGGCAGAGCGGAAGGCCCUGAAUCAGAUACGAGGAGGGCAAGGCACUAGUAAAAGGCAGCGGAAGAAUAAUGGAGGAGGUGGACAAGGAAGCAACCAGGAACAGGCGGCGCUAGCCCCUCCUCAGCAACCCCAACCUCAGGCAGGAGGCCGAGGCCGAGGUCGAGGUAGAGGACAAGGCACUGGGGGAGGCCGAGGAAAUGGGGGCGGCCGAGGUAAUUGGCAGAAUUGUUUUUGCAAGUAUUGUGGCCAAGAUGGACAUGGGAUACGGUUUUGUCAGACCGUUACCAAAGAUGAAAACGAUAAGGUUAUAUAUACGAAUAUCCGAGGCGAGGUCUACGACUUCGAAGGGAAUCUCAUCGAUCCCAAUGUGGAGGGAGGAAUGAGAAAGGAAGCUUUCCGACGUAUGGGGCGAGAUCUUCCAGCAACUUUUCGACUGGCUUCUCCGGAAGAGGUCGAACAGAUUGAGUUGGAAGCGACGAUGGAGUCAUUGAUGAUUGAAGAUGUCAAGGCCGCGGAUGAAAGGGAAGCUUUCGUUCAAGUAUGCGCCGACAUGAAUGAAGAAUGGUCCGGGCUUCCCCAAGUUUUUCUGUUUGGAGGAUGGGACAAAGACGGCCAAGGAGGUCUUACUGAUGUUACCGCAUCGCAGCCUCGAUCGUCGUCGGCAGGGCGUUUGAUGGCCACCACGAUCUUGUCCCGCCCUGCGCUCAAGCGACCUGCCACUGCUGGCCUCCCACAGGCUCGGAGGGCUCGAAGGUCACCGCGGCCAAGGGCAACGUCGGAAGAAGGGCCAAGUCAGCCUCGGGAAAUCGAGACGAUUUCGAUUGAAGAAGACGAUGACGAGGAGGAUGAAUUGUUGCGAGCCGAAGAUGAGAGGCAGGCCAAACAACGAGCCAUGGAGAGGGAGCCAGAAACGGGCAAGGACGACGUUGGGGAAGGAGAAUUGAAGAAGAAGAAGCAAGUUUACACAAUUCCAGUGGAACAAGGGCUAGAUAUUGAGCAGAUCGUGGACCGAAUUUUAGAAAGUCAGCGCGAUUUGAUCACGCUCAAGGAGUUCUUGGCCGCGUCGCCCAAAAUCCGAGAGGAGUUCGGACACCGACUAGCCAGAAGCCAAGCAAGGGCCUUUUUUAGAGGUGGACGACUUGGAGUUGGAGCGAAACGUAAGUACAAGAGAGUAGGCGAGAAAGCUCGGCCAGUGCCCGUCUUGAUCACGCAAGAAGAAGAAGUGUAUUAUAAAGAAGAAAGAGAGUGGAUCAGGAUGAGGAAGGAAAAGAGUGUGAAGGCGCCAUGUCGGUUGACAGAGGAGAGGAUUAAGAAUAUGAUCAUUGGAGAGGAAGGGUCGCUUACUGAAAAGGAGGUGGACUUCCUUGUCAGUGUCAUGAAGAAAACUCAUCUCGCUUAUGCCUUCGAUGAUGACGAGCGAGGGAGGCUUGACGUUGACAUGAUCCCAAUGAUCAGAAUUGAUACGGUACCUCACGAGCCGUGGAACAUACGAGGUCCACGUUAUCCAAAUCCGGAUGAUCACCGUAGAGUCGUUGAAUAUUUGGAUGGUAAAAUUCGGACAAGGGUCGCGGAUUACUCAAAUGGGUCAUAUGCGUCCCCUUGGUUUUGUUUCAUCAAGCCAAGUGGCGUAUUGCGUUGGGUGCAGAACUUGCAAAGGCUGAACUCAGUGACGGUUCGUGAUGCAGGAGGAUUUCCGCAUGCCGAUCAGUUGUCGGAAUCGUGCGCAGGCAGGCCUAUCAUCACUCUCAUUGACUUGUACUCAGGAUAUGAUCAAUUCCCUCUCUAUACGGCAGACAGGCCGAUGACGGCCAUGCAUACGCCGAGGGGAUUGAUUCAUAUGUGUGUGGCGCCUCAGGGAUGGACGAACGCCGUGGCGAUUGUUCCGAGAUAUAUGAUGAGGGUCAUGCAGCCGCUUUGUCCGGACGUGACCUCACCGUAUAUCGAUGACUUGGCCAUUCCUGGGCCACGUGUCAAGGACGAAACGGAGGUGCUGCCAGGCGUCCGAAAGUUUGUUUGGGAGCACGUUCGUGACGUGGAGAAGGUCCUGUCCAAGUUAAAGGAGUACAACCUCACUGCCAGCGGUGUCAAAUCUCGGCAUUGUAUGCGUGAGGCGACUAUCUUGGGCUUCUUGUGCGAUGAGAAAGGCCGUCGGCCAGAUUCCAAGAAGACAAACAAGAUUCUGGAAUGGCCGACUCUGCUUAAGUCCAUCACUGAUGUGCGCAGUUUUUUGGGGACUUGCGGAUUCUGGCGCAUCUUCAUUCGCAAGUUUGCAGCAAGGGUGGAACACCUACGGAAGUUGGUGCGUAAAAAUCAAGAAUGGGAAUGGGGUCCAAAGCAACAGGCGGUAGUGGACGAUAUCAAGGCACAGUUCCGAGAAGGAGGGUUGAUCCUUGGGGUUCCAUACUUUGACAAUGACCCGAAUCGGCCCUUUGUGGUUGAAACGGAUGCAAGUCCCACAUCAUUGGGUGGAGUCCUCAUCCAAAAGGAUGGAGAAGGGCGAGAAAGGCCAUUGAGAUUUGAAAGUCGAACGCUGAAUGAGGCGGAACGGAAGUAUUCCCAAUUUAAGAAGGAAACCCUUGCAGUGCUUCAUUGCUUCAGGAUCUUCCGAAACUAUGUGUUUGGAAGACGGUUCGUCCUGCGGGUUGAUCCGACCGCCCUGGCGCAGUCAUUGAAGAAUUAUUCUCCCUCGGAUCCAACUAUUGCUCGAUGGUUGAUCUCUAUCUGGAUGUUCGAUUUCGAGAUCGAGCGUAUUGCGGGAACACAAAAUCGAGCCGACGGAUUGAGUCGGAUCGAGUGGGACUCCUCGAAAGAUCAGGCAGAAGACUCGGUCCCUGUGGAUGGGUUUUUGGAGACAGACGAGCAACAAUUGAGUAUCAAUGUUUGGGAAUACAUUAGUAAUGCGUCGUCCCGACCUGGGAAGUCUAUCUGGAGUUCGCCGAGUUCUUAUCAAAAGUGUGCAGAGCUGGUGAUGAGGGAACCCUUUUUUGAGGAGGAUCCUUGGGGUGAACGGUCUGAUGCGCGGAUGAUAAGGUUGGCGUUGUCUGACCCAGUAUAACUUUCGGAAGAACCUCUUAUGAUUGAAGGGGGGCAUGAGCAAGGCGACGAAGUCCUCAAGAUUUGUGGGGGAAUGGUGUUUCUUGUUAAUUCGUUGAUACAGGAAGAUCACGACACAUAUGGACUUGUAAUGAAUUGCUUGUUGAUGU